AUGGCUCCUGCCGCUGCCGAGAGCGCGUCGCCCAUUGGCAUUGCCAAUCUGCCCAACCAGCGGCACAAGAUUGUCGCGAAGAGAGGUGCCGCCUUCACCAUUAUGGUUGCUGGCGAGUCCGGAUUGGGCAAGACGACCUUCAUUAACACGCUCUUCUCCACCACGAUCAAGAACUACGCGGAUCACAAACGCCGGCACCAGAAGCAGGUCGACAAGACCGUCGAGAUCGAGAUCACCAAGGCUGAGCUGGAGGAGAAGUUCUUCAAGGUCCGCCUGACCGUCAUUGACACCCCCGGGUUCGGCGACUAUGUCAACAACCGCGACUCGUGGAUGCCCAUUAUCGAGUUCCUCGACGACCAGCAUGAGUCCUACAUGCUCCAGGAGCAGCAGCCGCGUCGCCAGGACAAGAUCGACCUGCGUGUCCACGCCUGCUUGUACUUCAUCCGCCCCACCGGCCACACGCUCAAGCCCCUUGACAUUGAGGUCAUGAAGAGGCUGUGCUCGCGCGUCAACCUGAUCCCAGUGAUUGCCAAGGCUGAUACCCUCAGCCCUGCGGAUCUGGCCAAGUUCAAGUCCAGGAUUCAACAGGUUAUCGAGGCUCAGAACAUUAAGAUCUACCAGCCGCCAAUUGAGGAGGACGACGAGGCCGCCGCCCAGCACGCCAGGAGCCUGAUGGCCGCCAUGCCCUUUGCCGUGAUAGGUUCCGAGAAGGACGUUAAGACGAACGACGGACGUAUCGUCAAGGGCCGCCAGUACUCGUGGGGUGUGGCUGAGGUCGAGAACGAGGACCACUGCGACUUUAAGAAGCUUCGGUCGAUCUUGAUCCGCACCCACAUGCUCGACCUCAUCCACACUACCGAGGAGCUGCACUACGAGGCCUACCGUGCGCAGCAGAUGGAGACCCGCAAGUUCGGCGAAGCGCGCCCGAGAAAGUUGGACAACCCCAAGUUCAAGGAGGAGGAGGAAGCUCUUCGCAAGCGCUUCACGGAACAGGUGAAGAUUGAAGAGCAGCGUUUCAGGCAAUGGGAGCAGAAGCUCAUUGCUGAGCGGGAUCGCCUUAACAAGGACCUCGAGACGACGCACGCCCAGAUUAAGCAGCUUGAAGGCGAGCUCGAGCAGCUGCAAGGCACCGCUGUUCGCAGCCACGGCCGCCGCUAG